AUGAUCCUGAUGAAUGAGGUCAUCACAGAAGAGGAGAGAGGAGGAGAUGGACCAGGAGAGGAGAGAGGAGGAGAUGGACCAGGAAAGGAGAGAGGAGGAGAUGGACCAGGAGAGGAGAGAGGAGGAGAUGGACCAGGAGAGGAGAGAGGAGGAGAUGGACCAGGAGAGGAGAGAGGGGUAGAGGGACCAGGAGAGGAGAGAGGAGGAGAAGGACCAGGAGAGGAGAGAGGUAGAGGGACCAGGAGAGGAGAGAGGGGUAGAGGGACCAGGAGAGGAGAGAGGAGGAUAUGGACCAGGAGAGGAGAGAGGAGGAGAUGGACCAGGAGAGGAGAGAGGGGUAGAGGGACCAGGAGAAAUGAGUGA